AGGAUGUCUUCUGUUUCGGAAAGCAGCAGCGGUGGUGAUUGGAUUUGUGGUGAUGUAACCUGUCGACAUUUGAAUUUUGCUCGACGCAGUCGUUGCAAUAAGUGUCGUCGUUCCCGCAGCACCGAACGUGGAAGCAAUGCGGCCGGUAGCAAAAAGCUGGGCACGGAGAUUGGCAAGGCUGCAGCGGAAAAGUCUCGUGGUCUGUUUAGUGCCGAUGAUUGGCAGUGUCACAAAUGUGCGAAUGUUAAUUGGGCCCGUCGCCAGACCUGCAAUAUGUGUAAUGCUCCAAAGGUGAUCGAUAAUGAGGAAAGGACGGGCUUGGGAGGUGGUUACAAUGAUCGUGGCGUAGUUGAGUAUAAGGAGCACGUUGAAUCCGACAGCGAAUACGAUGAAUUUGGUCGUCUAAAGAAACGCAAAAAGGGCGCCAGGGAAUCGAACACAAAACGUGCAGCAAACAAUGCAGAAGAGGAAGAUGAUGAUGAGGACGACGAAGAAGAAGGAGAUGAAGAUGACUUGGCCAAGUAUGAUCUGUUUGGCGAUGAGGAUGAUGCUGAUGGAGAUGGUCAUCAGGAGGGUUCUAAUAAUAAAUCGAAUUACAAUGCUUCUGGUUCAAAAUACGACAACAAAAGAAAAUCACGUUCCCGUAGCAGAUCCCAGCAACACAAAAGACAUGCACAUUCAAGAUCUUCCUCAAGCCGAUCAUCAUCGUCAUCUUCCUCCUCGUCGUCGUCAUCCUCUUCUGCAUCAUCGUCAUCGUCCAACACAUCAUCAUCGUCAAGAUCAUCGACUCACUCGAAACCUAGAUCAAAGAGUAGUCACAAAAACAGGAAGCCCUCCCAUUCACGCUCCCAUAGUCGUAGUCCACAUAGAAACAAAGUACAAAAUAGACAGCGUUCGCCACCGCCGCGCGAUCGCCAUAAAACCUCCUCAUCCAAUCACAGUCAUCACAACAGUGAUGAUUCAAAUUCACGCUCAAAAUCACACAGUUCAACACGUUCACUAUCAUCGUCCAAACGUAAUCACAGUCGGAAUUCGAGUUCAUCUCGCAAGCACUCCAGGUCACCGCGUUCCCACAGGCGGACUCGAUCACGUUCAAGAUCGAUUUCACCAAAACGUAAACGUUAA